UGGCACGAGCAGGAUGUUGUUCAUCGGUGACAAGACUUCGAGGUUUUCUCCAUAAAAACAGAAGAUACGCGAAUAAGAUAAAGGAUAAAUCUAAAGACUUUUUUUUAUUUAUUAGUACGUCAAAAUUAGGUUAGAAACUCAGCACACGAAAGUAAGUGCAUAGAAGUAUUAUAGCUACAGUUUUUUUUUACAGUAGCCUAUACAUAUAGGUCAUUUUAUUUGUUUGUUUGUUUGUUUGUUUGUUUAUUUGAUAACGACACAAAAAUACCCAAGGACCAACGAGAAGUACCGCGUUCACAAGUUUGGACUCGCCACGAUGGAAAGGGAGAAGAAAGUGACCUUUCAGCUGUUGCUGGCUGUGGGAACAGCUGUGAUUGGAUCUCUUCAGUUUGGUUACAAUACCGGUGUCAUCAAUGCACCUCAGAAGAUCAUCGAGAGCUUCUACAAUGAGACAUGGUUUGACCGAUAUGGUGAGGCCAUACCUGAAGCAGCCCUCACAUCACUGUGGUCUGUCUCAGUGGCCAUCUUCUCAGUAGGGGGGAUGAUUGGCUCCUUCUCCGUUGGUCUCUUUGUCAAUCGCUUUGGAAGGAGGAACUCAAUGCUCAUGGUUAAUGUGCUCGCCUAUAUCUCAGCAGCACUGAUGGGCUUCUCUAAAUUGGCAGCCUCAUGGGAGAUGUUAAUCAUGGGCCGUUUCCUGGUGGGGCUUUACUCUGGCCUUUCCACUGGGUUUGUACCCAUGUAUGUGGGUGAAGUCUCACCCACUAACCUCCGUGGGGCCUUGGGAACUCUGCAUCAGCUGGGGAUUGUUAUAGGCAUCCUGAUAGCACAGGUGUUUGGUCUGGAUGUGAUCAUGGGCAACGCCACGAUGUGGCCCUUCCUGCUGAGCUUUACCUUCGUCCCAGCACUGCUUCAGUGUUUCCUGUUACCCUUGUGCCCAGAGAGUCCUCGCUAUCUCCUCCUCAACCUCAACGAAGAGAGCAAAGCCAGAUCAGUGUUGAAAAAGCUACGUGGAUCGUCAGAUGUGAGUUCAGACAUGCAGGAGAUGAAGGAGGAAAGCAGGCAAAUGAUGAGGGAGAAGAAAGUGUCCAUCCUAGAGCUGUUGACCUCUCGAAUUUACAGACAGCCUUUAAUCAUUGCAGUCGUACUGCAGCUGUCACAGCAACUGUCUGGCAUCAACGCUGUCUUCUACUUUUCCACGAGCAUCUUUGAGACAGCUGGUGUAGCACAACCUGUGUAUGCCACUAUCGGCGCGGGAGUCGUCAACACGGCGUUUACUGUGGUGUCGCUGUUUUUAGUGGAGAGAGCUGGCCGCAGGUCACUACACCUAACUGGACUGAUGGGUAUGGCUUUGUCUGCAGUCCUGAUGACAGUUGCCCAAGCACUGAAGGUACAGGUCCCGUGGAUGUCAUACAUGAGCAUUGUUGCUAUUUUUGCCUUUGUGGCAUUCUUUGAAAUUGGACCAGGCCCCAUCCCUUGGUUCAUCGUAGCUGAGCUGUUCGGUCAAGGCCCUCGGCCUUCUGCUAUCGCUGUGGCUGGUUUCUGCAACUGGACGGCCAACUUCAUAGUGGGAAUGUGCUUUCAGUAUGUGGCGAACCUCUGUGGUCCAUAUGUCUUCAUCAUCUUUACGGUCCUGUUAUUGAUUUUCUUCAUAUUCACGUACUUUAAAGUUCCGGAGACAAAAGGCCGGACAUUUGACGAGAUUUCUGCAGGUUUCUCUCAGCAAGCUCCCGCAGGCAUGGAAAAGCCACCUGAAGAGAUGAGCAGCCUGGGGGCAGAUUCUGAGCUCUGAGUUCGACUUCCUUCUUUUCCUCACACUCACACACAACUAUUGAGAGAAGAAAAUGAAGACUGGAAAACACAUUUCUCUCUCUGCUGAAUACCAGACUGUUCAAUGCCCAUUCAUUCGUUUUCAUGCGUGUGUGAAAUAUAUAUUUCUAUAUUUCCUACAUUGUUUUAUAUGUACAUGAGAAAAUGUUUUACUUUUUUAAUCUUUAUAUCUGUUACCUUGUCUCUUUUACAGAAAAAAAAUAUUUUUAUAAUAAUCAUUCCUGAUGUCCACCAGCAAACUUGUAUGAAGGCCUAAAAAACCUGGCCUUAAAUGCUUUAAGUCAACAUACUGAAUUCCAUGUAACUAUAUUUUUCUUUUAUUCACUUCACGGCCUUUUUUAAUGUGAAGUCAAUGACUGGAUGCAGAAUUGGCUUUUGAGAGGAAAGAAUAGGGAAAAACAUUCAUUGUGGCUCUAAUGGAAUCUCGAUUUUUAGACCUGUCAUUUCUGUAAAAUUACAUACAUAUUGCAUUGAUUUUAGAGCUCCGUUUACUGUGCAGCUUGUCCCAAAAAACACUUGGCCCAUAGGUUUGUGUGUGUGAGUGUGUGUGUGCAUGCCCCUCAAUUGUUGAACAAUAAAUUCUUUAGUCCUAUGUAUUUAAAAUGAUGAAUGUAUUAACAUUUUGACGUGUUCUUUAAAUCUUCCUAAAAAAUUGAGUUGCACUGACUUUAAAGAACAUUUUUAAAUUACUAAGUUAUCCUAAGCAUGUAUGUAAACAUGGCAGUAUAUCAUGAAUACUGUAGGGCAGUACAAGAGAAUGCACAAAUGAACUGUAAUAACUCGGACUGUCAUUGGUGGCUACGUCAGUACACCCAGUACUAAUGACUCCACACUGCAGAGAUUUGUUUAUCAAGUGUUUCUAUAUGGUUAUAUUAGUUAAUAUUAGGGCAGUGUAGGCAAGUACUGUAUCACCAUGAAACCACAUUUUAAAAGCAACUAGCAUGUUGACAGUUUUAGAAUUCCUAUAUUACAGGUCAAGUUUUUUUAUUUUUAAUAAUUUCCUGAAGUGCUUUUCAUCAGUCACGUCUCCUCUGAUCUUAUUCACAUAUAUCAUUGUGAGUUUUUGUGUGUUUGUUUGCUAUAAACUAAAAACCAUUCUGAUGAUGAAAGACGUGAUAUAUUGAUGAUUUCCACACUUCUCAUGUCUAGCAAUACUCACAUUCAUAACAUUUUAAGUAUGGAAUAUCUAACUUGUAGUUUGAAUAACAAAAGGUUCAUGUGUCAGGGUGCAGGGUACAGUUUAAGGGAUUUCAGGCUAAUUGGCAAACACAUUCCAGAAUGUGUGUGUGCGCAUAGGUGUGUGUGUGUGGGUAUGUCUUUUUGCAUCAUGUCAACAUGUCAGGGAUUGGCUCAAAAGAUGGACUUGAUGAAUACUGUGUAAUUUUCACUGUGGUUUUGUAGACUCCUUGUCCCUGAAUGAACCAGCCUGUAUCAUAAUGGACACAGGGUCAACUUUCCAUUGCCUUAACACAGAAAGCAGCCAUGACAUUAUGAGUAAAGAAAAAAAGAAAACUGUAAAUACAUAAAACAAUAUUUCUGUAUUUCCAAAGCCUUAUAGGUUUUUUUUUUUUUUUUUGUACAACCUUUUUUUUCCAGAUAUUAUUUACUAGAUUAUAUUGCAAUACUGGAAAUGUAGUUUAAAAUGUUAACUUGUAUAGUUGCUGGUAAAUAGUAUUGUAUUUAUUAGAUGCCUAAUUUAUUUAGUUUUUGGAUUUGAGUAUGUUGUUUAUUAUCAAUAAAAGAACAAUCUCACUUCUUUAAA